UUUCCUGUGCUAAUUUCUCAUUUUUAGGGUACUCCUCUCUCUCUCCACUCCACCGCCGCCGUCUCCGCGAGAUGGCGAAUCUGCCGCCGUCCCUCUCCAUCGGCGCCGCCUCCUUCGCCGCGCCCUCGCCGCCCCCGCCGUCGCCCGGCGCGUCGUCGUCGUCGUCGUCGGCCCCCGGGGCCGCCGCCGCCGCCAAGGACCGGAAGAUGGCGUCCGCGGAGCAGCUCGUGCUCGACCUCUGCGACCCCGAGCUGCGGGAGAACGCCCUCCUCGACCUCUCCAAGAAGCGAGAGAUUUUUCAGGAUCUUGCUCCACUCCUAUGGCAUUCCUAUGGAACAAUUGCUGCACUACUCCAGGAGAUUGUAUCAAUCUAUCCAUCACUUUCACCCCCAACAUUAUCGCCAGGGGCAUCAAACCGUGUCUGCAAUGCACUUGCACUUCUUCAGUGUGUUGCAUCACACAGUGACACGAGGAUUCCUUUCUUGACUGCUCACAUUCCACUGUAUCUGUACCCUUUCUUGAAUACUACUAGCAAGACAAGGCCUUUUGAAUACUUGAGGCUUACCAGCUUGGGUGUGAUUGGUGCACUUGUGAAGGUUGAUGAUUCUGAAGUCAUUGGGUUUCUGCUGCAAACUGAAAUAAUUCCUCUCUGUCUGCGUACUAUGGAGAUGGGUAGUGAACUUUCAAAAACGGUUGCCACCUUUAUUGUUCAAAAGAUUCUGCUUGAUGACGUUGGGCUUCGCUACAUAUGUGCUACCGCUGAACGUUUCUUUGCCGUAGCCAGUGUUCUGUCACAGAUGGUUCAGGCACUUGCCGAACAACCUUCUCCAAGACUACUGAAGCACAUAAUUCGUUGUUACCUUAGGCUGUCAGAAAACAGCAGGGCAUGUACAGCCCUCAACAGUUGCCUCCCCACCGCGCUGAAAGAUGGGACCCUCAACAACUUCCUUCAGGAUGAUCAUGUCACAAGGCGAUGGCUCCAGCAGCUGCUGCACAACAUGACUAUGGCUGGCAUGGGAGGAGCUCCUCAUGGGGGCCUGGAUCACAUCAUGGGGAUGUGAUUAUCUGAACGAAGCUGGCUGUACCAACUCAUGCAGGAUAGCAACUCAUCAUCUGUCUGAAGUCAGAACUAGUCCAUCUGUAGGUAGCCUAGCAUUCUAGCAAAAAGAUUAUACUUUUAGUUUUUACCUUUAAAAAGACAAUGGCUGAUGGCCAUUGAAGGAUACGAAAUAUGUUGGUUGUAGUUAAAGGUACUGCUUGCUAUCCUGUGAUGCUGUAAAAAUGCAACAGACAUGAGGAGCUCUUUGCACAAGUGCUCUCAGCUUUUGGUGAACAUUCCAAAAUGUAGAAACAAAGGUAAAAACAGCACAAGCUUUA